AUGAUGGAAGCUUGUCAGCUGCGUGUCGAAGAACUUCGUCGUCGUCUGGAUGAAUCGCUGACGGCUUUUCAACGCUCGGCGUCGUCUCAAUAUGGUAGACAUCGAGCUCUUCACAUAGUGCGACAGAACAGCACCGAGACAUUCAUCGAAAUCAACAUUGUGGUUACUCCAUCUUGUUCCUUACAGCCGGGAGCGCGUUCGCGUUUUGAUCGCCUUCUGGCUGCAUCGCCUUUGAACGUGAUUUGUGGCGGUGACGGUAUUACGGAUGUUCCUGCAAGCCCUGCGGAUUCUACGGACUCAGGAAUUGUUCUCUCACCUCCAUCUUCACCGUAUACUAGCGACAAUCAGCAGGCUCCAUUCUACCCUUAUUCAGAGCAAAGCUGUUUAAGAAUGCGGCAGCGUUCUGCAAGCGAAAGCGUUGGUUGUAACGGGUUCGUGCUGAAAAGCAUUCUGAAAAAGCCUUAUCGUGUUGAUAGGUUAUCGAGAUCAAUUUCGGAGUCUCAGAAUUGCCACACAGAAUUUCCACAUCUGUCGCUUUUAGUAGAAUCGACUACAGAAGUCGAUGGAGGUGGCAAUCACACUGAUCAUGAGAGUCCAAACGUUAGACAACGAGAGAAGCGUGUUUCCUUCAGCGAGAAAGUACAGGAGCGUCGUUUCCGAAGUGGGCAGUGCAUUCUUGCCGCAGCUAAAAAAAACGAGAGAAAAAGGGCUUGUAAAAAGAGGAAGGAGGAAAGGCGGCGUAGUCUUAGUGGGGCCAGUGAUGAUAAUUCCGCUCUUGAAGAGAGUUCAGAUGGUCCUGGGUUUGACGUGCAAGGAAAGCCAGGUCAUCGUACACAACGUGAAGAUAGUGGUUUUGUUGAUGGCGACGAAAAUGAUUGUAGAGAUGAUAGUAAGGAAUCGUCAGUUUCCACGAAUGAAGGAAAUGUGAUUAAUUCUGAAGGUCAUCGGAAAAAAGAUCAUGACUCUUCAGAAGGAAGCGAUCGUCGUGUUUGCUGCUGCUUUUCCACUGCCGGACAAUACUGUAACUCUAUAUGGAAACCAUUUCUACAUCUACCGAAUCUGAACAGCGAAGAGGUUGUUCUUUUAAUAACUGGUGUUAUCGUCAUAAUAGCUGUAUUCUAUGGCCUUAAUAACAUAAUAAAAUUUGCCACUGCUGAAUGGGGAGCAGAGGUGACAAUUAAUGGUUUGGAUAAGCAUGUUUCAUUCGAGCUCAACAUUGGAAUUAUCAAGUUGCUGAACUCGUAUACGGUCGGACUCUACUUCUGUAUUUAUCCUGUGCUUCUUGGAUUACUUGACCUUAAUCGAUUGUGGUACAUGUCGAUGCGUUCUUCUGCGUGUCGUACCGCUCAUACAUUUGUUUCUAUGAGCGCCACAUUUCUUUCCGUCAUUCCGGUCACAAUGUUUCUUUUCCCAAGUGUUGAAGAUCAUCAAAAUUAUCUCGGUUUUCAGUUUUGCAUCCUACUGUAUGUUGUGUACUCAAUCACAGCGCUCGUACAGGAAAUAGCGCCAUUUUUUAUCGGUCGAAACAAUGACACUCCUGUUUGGACCGCCACACUUGCGGAAAAGCCUAUGCUAAAUGAUAACAGUGAAAGCGAACAACUUUAUACUGCCAAAUCUGAAACCGUAGUGGAAACUGCGGAUGCUCUCCGAGUCACGCCAAGGCCGUUUGUUCUUGAUAACCUUGGUGAAGGUGUGCUUUCAUUGGAGAACUUAUGUGCGAGCGACUGGAUCACAUUAAGGAUUCUGGUCUCAGCACCUCGAACAUAUACUGUCUAUCCACAAAAGGUUAUCAUUCCGCCGCAACGUAAUGCAACCGUCACGGUUCGACUUCGAAAUGACGUUGAACAAUCGUCGUCACGGGAGGCCGGAUUAAUGUUACAAUGGGCAAGUGGAGUUGACAAUUUCGGUAUGGUGUUCCCGAUCGGACGUUACAUUCCAAUAGGAGGGCACUAG